GCCGCACCACCAACAACGAAGAUGACGGACGACGCCGACGUCAAGGCCAAGGUGCUGCGCCAGGUCGAGUACUACUUCUCCGACGACAGCUUCCCCUUCGACGACUACAUGAAGGGCAAGUGCGACGGCGAGGGCUACGUGCCCCUCGCCGAGGUCUGUUCCUUCGCGAAGAUGAAGGCCUACACGACGGACGUCGACGUCGUCAAGGCGGCGCUCGCCGACAGCGACGCCGUCGUCCUCAACGACGACGGCACGAAGCUCAAGCGCGUGUACCCGUGCCCCGACGAGGACCCGGCCAAGGCGACGACGGUCCACUGCUCCGGCUUCGCGACGCUCGAGGGCAAGGAGGCCAUGGAGGCGUCCAUCGCCGCGGCCAUGAAGAAGCACGGCGCCGUCGCGGCCGUGCGCGCCCUGCGGAACCUCGCCCAGGAGGCGCGCGCCUACGACGGCUCCGCGCUCGUGACCUUCGAGGACGAGGCCGCCGUCGCUUCCGCCGUCGCGUGCACGGGGGCCGUCAUGGGCGGGCGGAAGAUCACGAUCUACGCGUUGACGGACUGGUUCGACCGCAUGCGCAAGAAGCGCGACGCGAUGAAGAAGAAGAAGCAGCAGAAGGAGGAGGACAAGAAGAACGGCGUCGUCCGCGCCGUCGAGCACACGCCCAAGGCCGCCGUGCUCGGCUGCGUGCUCAAGUUCGAGGGCCUCGACGCCGUGCCGGAGGCGAGCCGCGAGAUGCUCCGGUCCGCGUGCGAGGUCGGCGACAUCAAGGUCGCCUACGUCGAGUUCGAGCGCGGCCAGGCCGAGGGCUUCGUACGCCUCGCGGAGCCCAAGGCCGCGGAGCUCGUCGCGAAGAUCGCCGCGGACGGCAAGGCGACGCUCGGCGGCGUCGACGCGGCCGUCGCCGUGCUCGAGGGCGACGCGGAGACGGAGUACCACGACCGCGCGGCGGAGGCGGCCAAGGCCGCGCGGAAGCGCAAGGGCGGCGGCGGCAAGGGCGGCUACCGCCGCAAGAAGCACCGCUCCUAGGGCGGCGAGUAACGGGGUUCCGGUGUGUG